UCAUGAUUCAACUGAUGGGAUGUUUUGGCCACAGCUCAAUAAAUAAUGUCACCUUCAGGGACAAAUAUGUCAGAGUAUGCGAAUGGCAGCAGGCGGUUGGGUAUACGGAAGUCGCUUACUCACCCCUAAAGGGACACAAAUAUGGAGUAACUUGUGUAAAAGUCAGCCCUCAAUCAACAAUGCUGGCGAGUGCGAGUAUUGAUGGUACAACUGUUCUCUGGAACCUCAGGACCGGAUCCAAAAUUCAUACCAUGGUUCAACCCAGUGGCGAAUGUGUUCGAGUGUGUCGAUUCUCUCCUGACUCUACGUUCCUUGUGACCGCUGGUGAUAAUGGACAAGUUUGCCUGUGGGAUUUGGUCCGUAGGAGCCUCAUUAAAUGCUUUCAACAACACGAAGGAGCUGUUCAGGGUGUCGCUUUCACCCCAGAUUCUAAGUGGCUUUUAAGCAGUUGUACUUUUGGAGUUCUCAAUUUAUUUUCUGUCCCUGGUAUUGUCGAUUCGAGUGUGCUCAAUCCAAAUGGAAAUAUUAACGUAUUGGCUACGGUUGAUGAUGCCCAUGACCUCGGAGUUGUAUGCUGUGAUUUUUCAAUUCAACAAAUUGUUACAAGCAAUUAUCCGUUGGAGAAACUGUACCAUUUAGUAACUUGUGGAAACGAUCAUUUCGUCAAACUUUGGGAUGUUCGAGUGGUUCAGGAUAAAGGUGACGUCAAUGCUGUUCUGGCAUCUAUCACUCUAUUUAGAGUACUUGAAAAGCACAGUAGUGCUCUGACUUGUGUGAGAUUCAGCUCAAAUGGGGCUUACAUCGCUAGCUGUGGACUAGAUAAAUCUAUCGUCAUUUGGGAAACAAUUUCUGCGAAAUCGGUUGCUGCAUUGAUUGAGCACAAAAGAUAUGUCGGGUGUUGUGCCUUCUCGAGAGAUGGAUCAUUGCUCGCCAGUGGCUCCAAUGAUAGAAGUAUUAUUGUUUGGGACCUUACUGGAAACAAUCUAACGAUCGAAUCAAAACUCAUCAAACAUGUCAGUCCCAUUCGACAUUCGUCUAUUGAUGGUGAUGCCACUCCAAAUGAACAUGAAGGAAGGGAGAGCAACUUCGUCCAAUUCGCUGAGUCUUCUGCGAAUGACGUUCGUCUGGUUAGAACGUUAGAUGAUCAUGGAGGUGCUGUGAAUAGCGUAGCAUUUCAUGGAAAUAAUCUCUUAGCUUCUGGAUCAGGAGAUAAACUUGUGAGGAUCUGGGAACUGCAAGAAGAAGAAAACAGCAAUGAGGAAGAAACAUUGGAUGCUAAUAUAAAAUUUACAGAGAAGGCGUUCAGCCCUAUCGAUGGCCAUAAAUAUAGUAUUAACCAUGUGGACUUCAGUCCAUGUGGUUCCAUGCUAGCUUCUUGUUCUUUGGAUGGUACAACAAUGAUUUGGAAUACUGAAACAGGUGAUCAGGCUCGUGGAUCAUUCGUAAAUUCAGGUGCAGGUAUCCGGGUGUGCCGUUGGUCCCCAGAUGGUACAAAAAUGGCAACUGCAGGUGAUGAUGAAAAAACUACGCUGUGGGAUAUGACGUCUCUGGAGGAAUUACAAGUUCUUGAAGGCCACGCUGAUGCUGUAACCACUUUGGCUUUUACCCCUGAUUCACUGUAUAUUGUGACAGCCUGCAGUGAAGGCAGUUGGAGGGUCUUUGAUAUUGAGAGAAAUUCUGCGAGCAAUUUUCUAGUAUGUGAAGCUGCUCAUGAUCUUGGAGUGCAAGGAUGUGAUUUUAGCUCUGCAGCCGCUCCCUUCACUGUUGCGGGCAUGCGGCAGUCUUCUACGGACGAUCACUCAAAAUUUUACGUCCUUGCAACCUGUGGAAAUGAUUCCCUUGUUAAAUUGUGGCAAAUCACUGUUCUACUUAAUCAAACUGAUGAACCUGAUAACGAGCCUGUUGAAGAAGAUUCAGAACUGGGAAGAUUGACUGCGAAUGGCGUUUCCUAUAUCGAGAAAAAAGUUCUAGCUGGUCAUGGCGGUAAUGUAAUGGACGUCAGAUUCGCACCGGUCCAUGGCGAAAUCCUUGGCAGUGUUGCAACUGAUAGGACAGCUAGACUCUGGAGUGUUAAUUCAGGGGUUUGUCUUCAUGUCCUGGAGAACCAUGACAGUCUCGUUACAUCUUGUGCAUUUUCUAACGACACUUCGUUCUUUGCUACAGGUGCCUUAGAUAAGACAGUGACAGUCUGGCAACUUCCACAUCAAUUGAUAUCGCAAAGUAACUUGAUCGAGCGAUUAAGAAAUAAUAGGAAAAAAGUUAUUGACUGGAAAACUGAAGAUGUAUUGAGAUGGCUUAGUGAAAUAAAUAUGGCAGUACUUGAAAGUCGGGCAAGUCUUAUACACCUUAAUGGACGCCAUUUGUUGACCGUAACUGAAGAAAUUAUUUUUGAGAGGCUGCAUGCUUAUGCCGACCAACAGAUUUUGGAGGAGUUCAAAAGACAGUUAUAUUGGUUAAAACGAGAAGAUUCACAUCGAUGGGAAAAUCUUGAAGAUAUCGAUCUGCCACAUGAAUUCUUGUGUCCUAUCACUCAUGAGAUCAUGCGUGAACCGGUCCAGUGUUCAGAUGGUUUUAUCUACGAGAAAGCCGCCAUAAACGAGUGGUUCUUAUGUGGUAAAUACACGAGUCCAAUGACAAACGAGUCAUUAAAUGACACGUCAUUCACUCCAGCAAUUUUACUGAGAAAUGCUAUUCGCGCCUUGCUACAUGGUGAACCUUCGAAGUCAUAAACUCAUAUCGAGUGCACUAUAUGAGCAAAUACGCCACUUCUGAGUAAAAAACAAUGACUCAACAUUUUAAAAAGUUUUUUCUAUCUUUUGUCGCAAAGUAUCGUCCAAAAAAGGACAAAUUAGCGUAAUCGGAGCUCUCUAACUCAAUAAUUUGCGGAGAUAUCGAAGAUUGACUUUGCUAUCUUCUAACAACUUGUUUUUUCAAUUCUAAUUAAGGUAAAUGAUCCUACGCUCUUGUGGCUAAGGUGAACACAUUAUUGGUCCAAUAUUUCUAUUGAAAUGUGUUAAAGAUGGCAUGUUUUAAAUUAGAUAUCACAAAGUAAAAACUCCGGGAUUAUAAUUCACUCGUGUUAAUCAUGAUAAUUACUAUUUUUUAAUAAAUAAUUAUCCAUAAACGUCGGCAGUCCCAUGUCCCUACGCUCGGUCAUUUGAAUGAUAUGAAAAGGUUAUAUUUUAACUAAUUACAUCGUGAGCAUCCUAUUUGGGAUGAAACAGCAUGAAAAGACAUCUCGAGGCACAAAGUUAUCUUUGAACGGUCGAAACUUUCAAAUUAUUUUUUCAUCCGUUUAGUCCAUUACCACUUGACAUUAGCUUGCAAAAUGAGCAUAGGAUCAAUGCCGUUUCCGUUUUAUCGUUCCUAUUAAUUACCGCAAUUUCUGUAAAAUAUUGAGAUAUUACAAUAAUUCAUCCCCUUGUAGUGUUGUGUGACUACUUGCGGCUUAAGAAUCCACUCUGUUGUAGUACUAGUUGAUGUGAACGGGAGUUUACUCU